AUUCAUCUGGUUCACCGGUUAGUGGAUUGUUCAGGGGCUGUUGUUGUUCCCAACCAACUGGCCGUCGUGGGCUUCUUCAUUCGGGCUGGCAAACAUAACCAAAAGUAUGAACAAUUGCUACAACAUUUCGACAGAAUCCGUUAUCCAGGUAACGGAACAAAUAUUCCAGCGUUUCCACUGUCAGAUCUACUGCCCAAGUGCCGACGGUUCGACUACUACCGUUACCAAGGAAGCCUGACAACGCCGCCAUGUUCCGAGAACGUCAUCUGGUCAGUGGGGAUAAAACGGAUAACUAUAUCCAAACAACAGAUUCAGCGGUUCCGUAGCCUUAUGGACUUGAGAGGGCAACCAGUGGUUGACAACUUCCGGUCCGUCCAGGACAUGAACAGCCGGACAGUCUACACUAGCAACAAACGCCACGGCAAUGGAACAGUCAAGGCCACUCCCUGA